AUGGCACAGCAAGGUAAUAAUGUGGAGUCUGAAAAAUGUUCUUGUUCGAUUUGUCUGGAUUUACUAAAGGAUCCAGUGACUAUUCCCUGUGGACACAGCUACUGUAUGGACUGUAUUAAAAACCACUGUGAUGUAGAGGAUCAGAGGAGAAUACACAGCUGCCCUCAGUGCAGGAAGGAGUUCAUACCGAGGCCUGGACUGGUGAAAAACACAAUGUUAGCAGAGUUGGUGGAGGAUCUAAAGAGGACUGGAUUUCAGGCUGCUGCAGCUGAUCACUGCUAUGCUGGACCUGAAGACGUCGCCUGUGAUGUCUGCACUGGGAGGAAAAAGAAAGCUGUGAAGUCCUGUUUGGUCUGUAUGGCUUCAUACUGUGAGAAUCACCUCCAGCCUCACCAUUAUGCUCCUACUUUUGACAAACAUAAAAUUAUUGUAGCUUCUGCUAAUCUACAGCAGAACAUUUGCUGUCGUCACAAUGAGGUGAUGAAGAUCUUCUGUCGUACUGAUCAGCAGUGUAUCUGUUAUCUCUGCUUAAUGGAUGAACAUAAAGGCCAUGAAACAGUCCCAGCUGCAGCAGAAAGGACUGAGAAGCAGAAGGAGCUCCAGGAGAGACGACAACAAAUCCAGCAGAGAAUCCAGGACCAAGAGAAAGAUGUGAAGCUGCUUCAACAGGAGGUGGAGGCCAUCGAUGGCUCUGCUGAUAAAGCAGUGGAGGAUAAUGAGAAGAUCUUCACUGAUCUGAUCCGUCUGAUCCAGAAAAGAAGCUCUGCUGUGAAGCAGCAGAUCAGAUCCCAGCAGGAAACUGAAGUGAGUCGAGUCAAAGAGCUUCAGGAGAAGCUGGAGCAGGAGAUCACUGAGCUGAAGAGGAAAGAUGCUGAGUUGGAGAAGCUCUUAAACACAGAGGAUCACACCCAGUUUCUCCAGAACUACCCCUCACUGUCAGCACUCAGUGAGUCUACACACUCAUCCAGCAUCAAUAUUCGUCCUCUGAGAUACUUUGAGGAUGUGACAGCAGCUGUGUCAGAGCUCAGAGAGAAAAUACAGGACAUCCUGAGAGACACAAACUUUUCACUGGCAAUAACUGAAGUAGAUGUUUUACUGCCACAACCAGAACCAAAGUCUAGAGCUGGAUUCUUAAAAUAUUUCAGAGAAAUUACUCUUGAUCCAAACACAGCAAACAGCUAUAUGGCAUUGUCUGAAGGGAACAGGAAAGCAACCUUAACAAAGCAACAACUGUUUUAUGACAGCCAUCCAGACAGAUUCACUACAAGGUUUCAGGUACUGAAUAGAGAAAGUCUGACUGGGCGUUGUUACUGGGAGGUGGAGUGGAGAGGAGAAGUUUUUGUAGCAGCCUCAUAUAAAGAUAUCAGCAGAACAGGAGCAUCAGUUAAUUGUGUGCUGGGACACACUGAAAAAUCAUGGGGUUUAUUUUGCAGCAAAAGAGGCUACAAAUUUUAUCACAACAAGGUGCAAACUCCAGUGCCAGGUCGAGUUUCCUCCAGAAUAGGAGUGUAUCUGGAUCACAGAGCAGGUAUUCUGUCUUUCUACAGUGUCUCUGAAACCAUGACUCUCCUCUACAGAGUCCAGACCACAUUCACUCAGCCUCUAUAUGCUGGGAUUAGGCUUCUUGAUGAAGGAAACUCUGCUGAGUUAAGUAAAGUUAAAUAAAAUGAUCAUAAAACCAGUUAGAGGGGAGUACUUUCAACCAUG